GAAGAAAGAAAUACAAAGUACAGUUGCGAAGUGGACGACCAUGGCCAGCUGAAGAGGAAAAACAUCAGUCUUGUUGUCGAGAAGUGCCCUCAACAGUGCCAAUGCAAAGUCCUUAAAGGUAACAUGAAGAACUUAGUAUCGGCCGACUGUGGAACGAAACAGCUUAAGUCAAUUCCAGAGAAAAUUCCCCGAGCUACAGGAAAACUCACGCUCUCAAACAACAAAUUGAAGCACUUGCCGAAGGAAGUUUUCAGCAGAAAUUCUAAUCUGAUAAAACUGGACUUGUCCAACAACCAGUUACAGGAUUUACCACCAGGAGUGUUCGCUGGCAUUAGGGUUUCCUACAGGGGGACGUUGACGCUGGACUUGUCUCACAACCAAUUAAAGAAUCUAUCUUCAGAAGUUUUUAGCGGAAUUUACCUCCCCCGCUUUUAUUAUCUGACGCU